UGUGCGCUCCGCGGUCUGUCAGAGCGCGCGCCCUUUAGCCAACCAGAGGGAGAGAAAACAUAAUACCGUUAGUGUUGGCUAAAUUGUUGGUAACUUGAGCGUCUGCUGGAGUUUAUUAAAAAAAAUGUAACGCAAAAGAGCGUUUUGGGCUGAUUUGAAGGACGCAAAAAGAGGAUUUUACGCAGCUGCGGCGCGCACUCCCGAGUGGAGCUUCUCAUCCAACUGAGCAACCAGUGGAAGCUGACACACUGAAGCCAAAAUGUCCCAGCUGUAUUACAAAAAGACCGAGAGCUGCUCGUACAGGGACCGGAUCCCCCUGCGCAUUGUGCGCGCGGAGGCUGAGCUCUCCUCCUUGGAGAAAGCCUACCUGGGGGCCGUGGAGAAGGGAGACUACGGCAGCGUGAAGCAAGCCCUGGAGGAGGCGGAGAUCUACUUCAGGAUCAACAUCAACUGCAUAGACUCCCUGGGGCGCACGGCGCUCCUCAUCGCCAUCGAGAACGAGAACCUGGAGAUCAUCGAGCUGCUGCUCAGCUAUAACGUGCACGUGGGGGAUGCACUGUUGCACGCCAUCCGCAAAGAAGUGGUGGGAGCUGUGGAGCUGCUGCUCAACCAUAAGAAACCACGUGGGGAGAAACAGGUCCCGGGAAUUCUCCUGGACAAACAGUUCUCAGACUUCACCCCGGACAUCACCCCCAUCAUCCUCGCAGCCCACACCAACAACUACGAGGUGAUCAAGCUGCUGCUGCAGCGCGGCGUCUCCAUACCCCAGCCGCAUGCCGUGCGCUGCAACUGUGUGGAGUGCAUGUCCAGCACGGACGUCGACUGCCUGCGCUACUCGCGCUCCCGCCUCAACAUCUACAAGGCCCUGGCCAGCCCGUCUCUCAUCGCCCUCUCCAGCGAGGAUCCCUUCCUCACCGCCUUUCAACUCAGCUGGGAGCUCAAGGAGCUCAGCAGAGUGGAGAACGAGUUCAAGGCAGAGUACGAGGAGCUCUCCCACACUUGUAAACAGUUUGCAAAAGACCUUUUGGAUCAGACUCGGAGUUCCAAGGAGCUGGAAAUAAUCCUGAACUACCGUGAUGACUUAAACCCCAUCCUGGAUGAGAACACCAACGACCUGGCACGGCUGAAGCUGGCCAUCAAGUACUGUCAGAAAGAGUUUGUUGCUCAACCCAACUGCCAACAGCUGCUGGCGUCUCGGUGGUAUGAUAAAUUCCCCGGCUGGAGGAGGCGUCACUGGGCGGGAAAACUCAUCACCUGCUUCUUCAUCGGCCUCCUCUUCCCGCUAUUAUCCCUCUUCUACCUAAUCUGCCCCAAGAGCCGAUACGGCCUGCUGAUCCGUAAACCCUUCGUCAAGUUCAUCUGUCACACGGCCUCCUACCUGACCUUCCUGCUGCUGCUCUUCCUGGCCUCACAGCACAUUCACUACACAGAUAAAAAUAACAAAACCCACAGCAUUCAAGGUCCACCACCAACCAUCGUGGAGUGGAUGAUCCUGCCCUGGAUAAUAGGUUUUAUCUGGACUGAAAUCAAACAAAUGUGGGAUAAUGGUUUAGAGGACUACGCCGACGACUGGUGGAAUAUUAUGGACUUCAUCAUGAACUCCUUGUAUCUCGCCACCAUUGCUCUGAAAAUCGUUUCAUACGCGAAGAUGAAGCAAUACAAUUUUAAUGAGACCGAUGUACCCAGAGACAACUGGCAUCUCUGGCACCCCACUUUGUUGGCAGAGUCGUUGUUCGCGAUCGCCAACAUCUUUAGCUCUUUGCGCCUCAUCUCUCUGUUUACCGCCAACUCCCACCUGGGUCCUCUACAGAUUUCGCUGGGUCGCAUGCUCCUGGACAUCCUCAAAUUCCUCUUCAUCUACUGUUUAGUGCUGCUGGCCUUUGCCAACGGGCUAAACCAGCUGUACUUUUACUAUAAAACAGAAGGUGAAAAUAACUGCUAUGGCAUUCGCUGCCUUCAGCAAAACAACGCAUUUUCCACGUUGUUUGAAACAGUGCAGUCCUUGUUUUGGUCUGUGUUUGGUUUGGUUUCGCUCUAUGUGACCAACGUAAAGCCACACCAUGAAUUCACUGAGUUUGUGGGCACCACCAUGUUUGGCACCUAUAACAUCAUCUCCUUGGUGGUUCUUCUAAAUAUGCUGAUUGCAAUGAUGAACAACUCCUACCAACACAUUGCUGUGAGGGACGUGCAUGAUUUUUCCCUGCUUUUUUUCAACUACAAAAUGUUGGGUUUUUUUUCCUUUCCACACAUUUUGAUGACUUUCUUUUUCCUUUUUUUUCAGGAUCACGCUGAUAUAGAGUGGAAAUUUGCCAGAACAAAAUUAUGGAUGAGUUAUUUUGAAGAAGGGGGGACCUUACCCCCUCCAUUCAACAUAAUACCUAGCCCAAAGUCAGUUUGUUAUCUGUUUAGAUGGAUAACUAAGCAUUUGUGUAGGAGGCAAACUAAAAUAAUCCGUCAAACCUUUGAGACUUUGGGGACACGUGCAGCCAAUAACGUCAGAUUAAACCACGAGUAUCAGGAGGUCAUGAAGAAUCUUGUGAAGCGAUAUGUGGCUGCAAUGAUCAGAGAUGCUAAAACAGAGGAAGGGCUGACGGAGGAAAAUUUCAAGGAACUGAAGCAGGACAUAUCCAGUUUCCGAUAUGAAGUUCUGGGAAUGAUGAAGGGUAAACCUCACAGCGCAGUUCCAAGUCCAGUCGUCGGCUCCUUCUUGGCUUACCCUGGAAACUCAUUCAAAUAUUGCCCCAAAUCUUCCUCUGACAAUCCUCAGAAAAGGGUGUCGUUGAGCAUCGCCAACAACAACCUGGAGAGGAAAGACUCCAACACGUCCGGCACGGUUUACCCCGAGAACUCCACUAAAAGUCCAGUUGUUGUGGUUAGCACGGAAGACACGUUUUCACCUGUAGCUUCCAAUACAGGCUCCCCUCUGAAGUCUGAAAAUUUCCUCUCUCCUAAGUUUUGUGAAACGUUUUCUCCUACGGAAGAGGACGAGCAGAAAUCUGACGGGAAUAACGAGGACCAUCUGAGUGCCGAGACAGAAAACGAGGGGACUUUGGAGAAAGUAAACUCUGACGCUCAGGAAACAGAGCAUUCUGGUGCCUUUAAUUUAAGUGAAGUACCAAAUGGGCCAAAAAAGUGCAAAAACUAAUCAAAUAUUCAUGAGGUUUCUAGCUUUUAAUUAAAAUAAGUCAGCAGAAACUUCAUAGUAGUUGAAUGCCUAUUCUAAUCAACUAUAUAAUGGGACACUAUAUAAUCUUUGUAUCCUUUUAUUAUGGAUAAAGUACUGUGGAUAGCUCUUGUGUUUCUUCAGGGAUCCUUGAAAAACUUGAUUACCAAAGGAGUUCUGACACCCUGCUGCCUUUCCAUUUCCCCUCCUCAUUCAUCCCUCCUUGUACCAUAACUUAAAAUAAUCUGAUGAAAUAGUAUUACUCUUCUUAUCCUGCAUAAUAGCUUGUCCUUGUGUUGUACCGUAAAAUCAGAACAAAUAUGAAAAUCCUUCACACUGUGCAUAAACGUGCCUCUUUUUUAGAGAGCUAGAGUAUUAAAUUUGCCAACCUGAAAUGUUUAACUUUUAUUAAAACUGUUAGCGUUGGAGAAAAAUAACUUUAAUAUUGUUUGAGAAAUGUGUUUUUCACUGUUAUUUUUACCAGGUGCUAUUUUUAUUUCAGCCUUGUUCAUCUUUGAUGAAUAUUUUUUUGCAUAAAGUAAGUAAGACAUGUACUGCUGUGUAAUAAAAUACAUGUUGUCUUUUA